AUGCCUUUGAUUGAUAUGGCAGAAGCUGUAAGCCGUGGUGACAUUAUUGUCGACGAAGUAGAUGCGCUGAAUGCUGUGAAUUCUGGGAAAUUGAGUGAGAUUGAAACUGCUCGAUUUAGUCCAUUGGUUAUUGAACAUUCUCGACGACAGAGUGGCGGAACUGGCUCUGCAAUUAAUCGCGCAGAUCCACUACAAAAUUUGGAUGGUAUUGAGUUAGGGGAUACAAAUGGAACUACAGGAAGCGAUGAUGAGCAUGCAUGGAAUAACGUGUUAGUAGAUGAAGUUGAUUUCGUUCAUGCUGUUGAACGGGGCCGUAUCAACAGGAAUGACUUACACAUUAUGGGAUGCCGAAGCAACGGUGAUACUUGGAUUCCUCAGCGUAUGGUAGAUGAUGUCGAAGAGUUUGGUGAUAUUUCACACAGUGAGAACGGUUGGAAUAGAGUAUUGGUUGAUGAAAUUGACAUUCUUCACGCUGUUGAACAGAGAUCCAGGAUUGUUAACCGUAGUGAAUGUCGUCUCACUUAUAUGCAUCGAGAAAAUGGAACUGAAAGACUUGGGAGGAAUAAUGAUAUUGUUCAAAGAGCAGAAUCAGCAGUAAAUGGUGAAUCAUCGUUUGAAAUUGGUAGGACCGUCGGUACUGGCCGUCCAAGUAGAGGCAAGCAAUAA